ACUACGAAAGACUUACUCGCAUCGUCACCGAUUAUCUCUUCUGGAAGCAGUGCUUACUUCGUGCGCAGGAGCGCAUCCUGCGCUAAUCCGUUUCGGAAGCCAGUUAUCAAAGCCCCAACAGCUAGUCAGUCAUCUGAAUCUACUGCUUCUUCAGAACAAACGUCAUCUGAUUCGACCAGUCAAGAAGACGAUAGCAAUCAGUGCACCAAGUUGAAUUUUAAGAUAUUCGGUUAUCGUCCGGCAGGGCUUAGAGGCAGCUUCAAAAGCUAA